UCUCAGCGCAAAAAGGUAUCGUUUCGAACUCACAAGCAAAAUCGUACUCAAGUCCUACGUUAUAAAAUAGGAUUGAGAUACGUAUUGGCCUCCGAGUUUAAAACUAAUACUGUUCUGCUAGGCUGACAUUUACAUUUUCACAUGUAGGGUUACCGCGGCGAAACGUGAAUUGAGGCGGAAUUGAUUAUACUCAAAAUGCCUUGGUAAAAACAGCCCACAUCAUUUUAGGCAUUUUAUAGAAAUCAAAAAAUAAUGUGAAGCCUUUAAUUUAAGCGUAAUACUAUGAAAAUUUGAAUUUUUAUACAUAAUAAUGAUAACUAUAGACGAUGCUAGUUAGCAGGUUAGUCUCACAUGUGUCAAGCUAAAAUGUCUGAAAAUAUUCAAUCAACUUCCGUGAACCUAAGAGAGGAGUUUUUUAAAGAAGCAAGUAAAGGUGGCCAUUAUAAGGUGAUUGAUAAAAGUCAAUAUGAUGAAAUAAUUGAAGAUAUCCUAAGGGCAAAAUUAUCAUCAAAGAAGACUCCUCAGCAAUAUAGGCGUCUAAGUAGAUUCGACGUUAUAGAAGUGGAUGGUAUCAAAAAACUUAUCGCCAAGCGCAAGGCUAACGCAGGAUUAAAAUAUUACGCGCCCUUGGAAGAUAUCUACGAUAUAAUUGAAAAUGCGCAUAUUGCGACUGGGCACGCCGCACGAGACCGUCUACUCAAGGAAACAUCAAGAAAUUACGCCAACGUGACGCGCGAAUUGAUAACCUUAUUCCUUGGUAUGUGUCAAACUUGUAACCAAACAAAAACAAAAAAGAAGCGGAGAUUGGAAUCUAAACCUAUAUUGCAUGACAGAAUAUAUGCCAGGUGCCAAGUCGAUUUGAUCGACUUUCAAUCACAUAGAACCGACAAUUAUAAAUGGAUUUUGGUUUAUCAAGACCUUUUAACUAAAUUUACUGUCUUGAACCCCUUGAAAACAAAAAAUGCAGAAGAGAUUGCACAUUGUCUAGUAAGGAUUUUUUCAACAUUUGGUGCCCCGUGCUUGCUACAUUCUGAUCAUGGCAGAGAUUUUGUUCAUGCUGUGAUCAGAGAAUUAAAAAAAUUGUGGCCUGAAUUGGUUUUAGUUCAUGGGAAACCUCGCCUUAGCCAGUCCCAGACUUCAGUCGGAAUAUCUAAUCAAGACAUAGUAAAUAUGAUUGUCACCUGGUUAGCAGAUAACAAAACAAGUACAUGGGUUGACGCACUGCCUUUUGUGCAGUUCAUGAAAAAUAGAAUGUACCAUUCUGAUAUAAGGCAAUCUCCUUACAAGGCUAUGUUCGGAUUUGAACCAAGGGUCGGCUUAUUGAGUACCACUUUACCGAAAGAGUCAAUAGUUAAUAUUAAUAACGAAGAUGAGCUUUGCAAUUUCAUUAAUACUUUGAGACAAAACGAAGAUAGUAAUCAAGAAACUCAAUUGGCAGAGGACGAAAUCGUCUCUAUUCAGAUCGAUGAGGAUCAAUUCAUUCCUUUUUAGAUUGAGGAAGACAAUUCAAAGCUUAAGAAAAUCACUAAUUUCGAGCCAAAAAAAUUUGAAUUCUAAGCUCAUAACAAACCAGAACUAGUUAUUAAUCAAAUUUGUUUUUUUUUCUACACGACAAAUUUAUUAUGAAAAAUGAUUACUUACGUUUCUGUAUUCUUAGAAAUGCAUGAAACGGUUUAGACAAUACUGUUUUUUCCUAGGCAUUUAGGAUAUUGCUUAAAAAGUAUAUGAAGUUCGUAUAAUGUUGUAAACAAUAUGGGUGUGUCCUAAAUCAUAGGUAGUUGUACAUAGAUUGUUGUUGUAAUAUAGUAAAAACUCGAUACAUUGUAAAAACAAAUAUUUUUAUUAAACCCAGAGAUUUUUAUUAAAAUAAUGAUUCUAAAUUAUUUAAUU